AUGCUGCGGUGUAGCGCUAUAGCGGCCGAUAGCUUCAAGGAGCACUACCACCGUGUUCAUCUCCCGAGAAGGUUGGCGCUGCAGCGUUACAUUCGCCAGCAGACACUCCGGAGGCAGUCAAAGACGGAGCUGGAGGUGCCGUACAAAUACAACCGCUGGUGGGUCAAUGCCGACCACGAAUUUGUGCACCAACACGCCUUUGUGGAGGACCCAGAGGUGACGAAGGCCAAGCGUGAGGCGCUGCCGCCAGUGACCAAAGAAAAUGUGUGGAAAGAGCCACAAAAAACAUUCUUUAUGCCGUUUGCGCCGUACAUUCGCGUCGUGGACUACCCCAAAGAUCCAGAUGCGAAGUUUAUGAAACCGGUGAAUGUUCCCCGUUGGAAGGACUACAUGCAGCGCACAAAACCUGUCGUGCCGAGGACGUGGUACUAA